GAAAACAUAUAUACGUUUAUUUAACGUUAGAACAAGGCGUUCUUGGUUUUAAAGAUGACUCACAUUUCGUAUUAAGAGUUAUGGAAAAAAAACGUGUUCGAUCGUGUUCUCACCCAGUGAUAGUUAAUAGUGUUAUUUAUAAAAUGUUAGACAAUUAAUAAGUUUCUUAAAAAACUUUCUUAAUUACUUUUCGAUCGAAUAUGAAUGAGACAAGACGGUCCAUCUAUCGUGCUAGUGUCAGAAUAAUCAAUCUUUCUGUCGGAGAAGUAAGGUUAAGUUUUCGGAUGCAUCCUGCACUCUAUUGAUUCACAAUGGCACCGAAAAAAGCCGAAGAACCCGAAAGAAAGCCACUCAUAGGGCGAGUAGGGGUUAAUUUAAAAAUUGGUAUCGUUGGAAUACCAAACGUCGGCAAGUCGACCUUCUUCAAUGUCCUUACCAAAAGUCAGGCAGCGGCGGAAAACUUUCCUUUCUGCACCAUCGAUCCGAAUGAAAGUCGUGUACCAGUACCCGACGCAAGGUACGACUAUUUAUGCGAAUACUUCAAACCGGCCAGCAAAAUCCCAGCAUUUUUGAACGUAGUCGAUAUCGCUGGUCUUGUUAAGGGUGCUGCCGAGGGACAGGGUUUAGGAAAUGCUUUUCUUUCUCACAUCAGUGCCUGUGAUGGAAUUUUUCACCUUUGCCGAGCUUUCGAAGAUGACGAUGUUACUCACGUAGAAGGUGACGUUAAUCCUGUACGAGAUUUGGAAAUUAUCAGCGAGGAAUUGCGACUGAAGGAUGUCGAAUUUUUAAAUGGGCAUCUUGAGAAAUUGGAAAAAUUGGUUGUCCGUGGUAACGACAAGAAAUUGAAACCCGAAUACGAUACACUUUUAAAAGUUAAGGGUGUUUUGGUAGACGACAAGAAGCAUAUCAGGUACGCCGAUUGGAGCGCAAAUGAUAUCGACGUACUCAACAAAUAUCUCUUCCUCACGUCGAAACCCGUUAUUUAUCUGGUCAAUCUUUCGGAGAAGGAUUACAUUCGUAAAAAAAACAAAUGGUUAGUCAAGAUUAAAGAAUGGGUGGAUAAGAACGAUCCUGGAGCCGUUUUGAUACCUUUCAGUGGUGCUUUCGAAAAUAAGAUACUCGACAUGGACGACGCAGAACGAGCAAAAUAUUUCGAGGAACAGAAGGUCACUUGUGCCCUAGACAAGAUCAUCGUUCAGGGUUACAAAGCAUUGCAAUUACAGUACUUUUUUACUGCCGGUCAUGACGAAGUUAAAGCAUGGACUAUUCAGAAAGGUACAAAGGCACCCCAAGCCGGUGGAAAAAUUCACACUGACUUCGAGAAAGGUUUUAUAAUGGCAGAAGUUAUGAAGUUCGAAGAUUUUAAAAAUGAAGGCUCAGAGGCUUCAGUAAAGGCUGCUGGAAAGUACAGGCAGCAGGGCCGUAAUUACGUCGUCGAGGAUGGCGACAUAAUCUUUUUCAAAUACAACGCCGGUGCUGGACUGAAGGACGCAAAGAAGAAGUGAUGGCACGCGUUCCUCAUGUUGUUGCUCGUCCUUUUGUACAUCAACAUGAUACUGCUCUCCUGUUGCAUGCAUCAACCUCAUGGCAAUCAUUCUCAUCCGCUUCCCCGUGUCCCAUGAUUUCGUUUUAUUUUAUUUUAUUUUACUUUUUUUUUUCCUUUUUUUUUUUUAUAUUUAUCUUUAAAGAUACUAUCGACAAAAAGAAACCGUCAUGUAAACGUGACUAUUUCUUUUUUUUUAUUUUUUUUUUUUUUUUUUUUAGUCGUCUAUCAAAUUUUCAUCAUACGAAAGAAAUUCGUUUUAUCUGACGUUCUUAUAAAAAAUGAAGUGAA